CCUUGAUUCAGAGUAGAACUUGAGCUAUGAGGGGUCUUACGAAGAGUCUUGUAUGCCUCGCCCUCCUGGCGGUGGCCAACGGCCAAUUCAACACCAACUAUGCGGCAGGCCGCAGUGGUAUGGUACACCUCUUCGAGUGGAAGUGGGAUGAUAUUGCAGCUGAAUGCGAAAACUUCUUGGGCCCGAACGGAUUUGCCGGUGUCCAGGUAUCACCCGUGAACGAAAAUGCUGUAAAAGACAGUCGUCCCUGGUGGGAACGUUACCAACCCAUCUCGUACAAGCUUGUCACUCGUUCUGGCAAUGAGGAACAAUUCGCAUCCAUGGUCCGGCGUUGCAACAACGCUGGAGUGCGCAUCUACGUGGACGUCGUUUUUAACCACAUGGCGGCCGAUGGUGGAACCUAUGGCACGGGUGGCAGCACUGCCAGUCCCAGCAGCAAAAGCUAUCCUGGUGUGCCCUACUCUUCGCUAGACUUCAACCCGACCUGUGCCAUUUCCAACUAUAACGACGCUAACCAAGUGCGUAACUGUGAGCUCGUCGGUCUCCGUGAUUUGAACCAAGGCAACUCCUAUGUUCAAGAGAAGGUGGCCGAGUUCCUUAACCACCUUAUCGACCUUGGUGUGGCUGGAUUCCGUGUGGAUGCUGCCAAGCACAUGUGGCCCGCAGACUUGGGCACCAUCUACGGCCGCCUCAAGAACCUGAACACGGAUCAUGGCUUCGAUUCUGGUGCCAAGGCCUAUAUCGUCCAGGAGGUGAUCGAUAUGGGUGGCGAGGCCAUUAGCAAGUCUGAAUACACCGGCCUUGGAGCCAUCACCGAGUUCCGCCACUCUGACUCCAUCGGUAAGGUUUUCCGCGGCAAGGAUCAGCUGAAGUAUCUAACCAACUGGGGCACCGCCUGGGGCUUUGCUGCCUCCGACCGGUCGCUCGUCUUCGUUGACAAUCAUGACAACCAACGCGGCCACGGUGCCGGCGGUGCGGAUGUGCUCACCUAUAAGGUAGCCAAGCAGUACAAAAUGGCCUCUGCGUUUAUGUUGGCCCAUCCCUUUGGCACUCCCCGUGUCAUGUCCUCGUUCUCCUUCUCCGACACUGACCAGGGUCCACCCACCACCGAUGGCCACAACAUCGCGUCUCCGGUCUUCAACAGCGACAAUUCUUGCAGCGGUGGCUGGGUUUGCGAGCACCGUUGGCGCCAGAUCUUUAACAUGGUUGCGUUCCGAAACACAGUUGGCUCUGACGAAAUCCAGAACUGGUGGGACAAUGGCAGCAACCAAAUCGCAUUCAGCCGUGGUACCAAGGGCUUUGUAGCCUUCAACAACGACAACUACGACCUCAAUAGCUCUCUUCAGACUGGUCUCCCCGCCGGCACCUACUGUGACGUUAUCUCUGGCACCAAAAGCGGUUCCUCCUGCACCGGCAAAACUGUAACGGUUGGAUCUGACGGCCGAGCGAACAUCUCGAUCGGCAGCUCUGAAGACGAUGGUGUCCUAGCCAUUCAUGUCAGCGCCAAAUUGUAAGAAAACAGUUAGGGUCGAAGAAGAACGGAAAACUUAAAUGAGAUUAUAGUUUUAAAAUAAAAAAUGAGAUUAUCAACAUA